AUGUCUUCGAGUAUGGCCCGAACAGGAAAUAGUGACGGCGGACCUAGUGGACCGGGCGCGAGAACGAUGACACUCGACGACGCUAUGAGAGCGCCGUCCACCAAUCCCCCAGACAUUGUUGUAUUAGACACGAUGCACAACGUAGGGAAUCGCGAAGAGGCCAUAGACCCUAAGGAGGAUUUAUGGCUAACAUCAGCCGACGGGCGAUACAAUUCCCCCAUUAUCCCGCUUAGCGUUGGUACAGAGCCAGAUCGACAAACAUUCUACGUACAUAAAAGCGUCCUUGUGAAAGCAGAAUUCUUUAAGAAGGCAUUAUGCGGCGAAUUUAGAGAAUCCGAGGCUCAAGCUAUUGAGCUACCGGAAGAGGACCCGGCGAUAUUUCACUUCAUCGUAGCCUUCCUCUACGAGAACAAAUACGUUCCUAUCCAGGCUGCCGCAACAGUACUUCUCUCCGAUGAAAAAGUAGAUUUUCGAAGAGAAGAUGAUCAUGCAGCCUCAGACUCAGAUUCCAGUCUGAGUAUUCUAAGCGACUCAUCUACUGCCCGCAGCCAAAGGCGCCACGAGAGGAGGCGCAGACGAGAAAACCGCCACCGGGAAAGGGAGCGGCGAAAACACCCUGGAGCCCACCGACCGGGCUGCAACUGUCGCCAAUGCUUAUCAAGAGGCGGGCCGCCAUGUUGGAACUGCAUGGCCCCUCGCUAUCCCCCGCCACCACACCCAGACAUGCAUUUACCGCACAACUUGCCGCCCGGUGUGCAAGUAAUGCAGGUCGAAGCACCCCGUCACCGCAACCAGAGGCGACGACGGCAUAAUCGGCAUCGCAUACCUUCACCCCCACCCCUGAUACCUGAGAAUAGUAAUACUGGUAACAAUACUAAUAAUCCCAAUCGUACUAAUGGUAAUAACGAAAAUGGAAAUGCAAACGACACCGAAACCCGCAUCCAAGGACAAGAUCUCCGCACCUGGCUCCUGGCUUACGAACUCAACAUCUCAGUUUACAUAUGCGCUAACAAAUUUCUGUUGGACGAUUUCAAGCGCGCGGUAGCCCGCGUAUGCGUCGACAUGCUCGAAGCCGCAGGUUCCGACGCCGCGCAUCCUCAGGUCUUACAUUUGUGCCAUACUCUCUACCAAGGACUCCCAGAAUCCGAUGUGCUUCUACGAAUGGUGUUAGCGCGUGUAGGUUUCCUAGGUCCGCAUUUAUGGCGCCGGGCACCGGAGGAAACGGGUGAGUUCUUUAGAGAGAACCCCGAGGUCUCCGCGCUUAUGUUUAGGGAGACGCUGAGUCGACGCGAGGAAGAGUAUGGCGGGGAGUUGCCUGCGAUGGAAAGGCCUGUUUUCGGGGGCGCUGGAGGGUUGGGGGGGAUGGGACCGCCGCCGUUUCCGUUGCAUGAUAUGAGGGCAGUUGGGAGAGGCGGUAGGCGGUUUAAUCCCUAUUAAGGACAUACGUGCUGAAGUAUUUGGCAUACAAAGAAGUGGGAAGUGGGUGUAUGCAUAUAUACACAGCGAGGAGAGUUGGGACCCAUUUACG